AUGAUCGAAGAAUUCAAGCAUGGCAGCUGGAGUCUAGGCCCAGAUUCACAUCGGUCUAAUAACGACCUCAGCGCUUGCUGGUCGGGCAACCUGCUUCUUGCCAGACCUUCUAUCACACAGAUCACGUCUCGCGAUGGUUAUGUGCUGGCAAUUGACCGAGUUUGCCUGCAUUGGCCCUAUGUUCAGCUGCUCCCCUUGAAGCACUACCCGCCAGCCGAGUCCUACUGUUCCCAUCACUAUCCUCUGCCUCCUACAACUGUCACUCGAACGGUGACGCAGCCAACGACUACAGUUGUGACCGUCUCCAAGCCUGCUCGAACGGUUACUUCCACUCCUUUCGCCACGACGUCCACCGUUUUCACAUCGACAUCAAUUGCGUACGUCUACACGACUACGGUAACUGCCACAGCUACCUCUGGAACCUCGAUACGGACUGUUUACACCGGCACUGAGAUUGAUACGGUCUACACGCGGACCAAUAUUGCCACUGAAUACACUUCUACGUCGACCGAUUACCACAUCACCGGUACCGACACGAUCACCACGAUUGUUGCUACACUCCCCUCGACGACGACAACCGCGACCGUUACUGCUUUCACCAUCAAACAGGAAACGGUGACGGUCUCAUCCGGAACCGUUACCGCUUACACGACUAUUGACACCGGCUUGACGAGGCGACAUCAACAAAAGCAUCACGACUUUCGCGAGGAUCUUGUGCUGAGGCUGGCGGCAUGCCGGCGAGACGUGUUGCAGACUGCGUGCUCAUGCAUUGAAGUUCAUCCGCCUACGCAUACCGUUACGGCCACGGCCAAGAGGACUCAUACAUCGUAUAAGACUGUCUGCGCCACUAGAACUGUGAGCGUUGUUGGUACAGUGACAACCAAACAGGCGUUUACGUCAACCAUUAGUACAGCCUCUACCACCACAACCUCCAUUGUCGAUGUCAGCACAGUGUUGGACGUCGAGACAGAUACCACCAGCGUAGAAUCCGUCUCAACACUGUCGACAGUGCUUGUUACCCAGGUUCCCACCGCCGCCACGACGACAGCAUCAGUCACUUCCUUCUCAGAAGUCGAUGUAGUAUUCACAACAACCGUACCUACCACGUCUACGUACACUGUCACGGUGCCUCUCGCCACCUCGACCAUCUCGUCUGCUCUUUCGUACUCUCGUGUCUAUGGUCCGGUGGAUGGGUGUGCCUACGUAUUGAUGGAGAGCUUCCUCGACCAGUAUUCGGUAGACAUCCCCUCUGGCACUUCGCACACCGCAAGAGCCGCCAUAUGCGCCGCCUUUUGCGAUCGAACCCCCGGAUGCAAGACGGUUGGAAUGAACUGGUUCCCAGCUUGCGGUGCCAAUGGCGAGUCCGUGUAUUGCAUUGCUUCUGCAAAUGCCUGGGCUGGAACAAGUGCGAUGGAGUGUGGCAUUGGAACGGGCUACAAUGGUUGCGCCAUCUACCAGGAUGGAACUGUCUACGAGAAGAGUGCUAUUACCAGCACGUAG